UACGAGGACACUGACUAUUUCCCUCCACCACCUCCAGAAGAUUUAGAGUACUUCCCACCUCCACCCCCAGAGUUACUGCAGGUCCCAUCAGAAAGUCCAGAUAUGCCAGUAGAGUGCUACUACUCACCUGAACCCCCGGAAUCAGCUUACCCUUCUAAACGUCCACUCAGUAGACAGGAAUACUUCAGGCAGAGAAACCAGUAUGAGUUGAAACGCCUUUACAAGCAUAUACAUCCUGAGGUGCGUAAAAACUUAGAGAUGUAUAGUGAUGUGGCUGAGUAUGAAAACACCCGACCAGAGAGUCAGGAGGAGUUCACGGGGGAGACAAGGUAUAUAUACGAGGAUAACGGUAGCAGCCCCAACGACUGCAUUAGCCCAGAAGAAGAAUACCUGGAAUGGGAUGAGAUCCUCAGAGGGGAGGUGCAGUCAAUGCGCUGGAUGUUUGAGAACAAACCUCUGGAUGCCAUCAAAGACGACGCCUCAAAUGAGGAUGACGACCAAAACAUGGAACAGGAGAUGAUUGUUGGGAGUGAUGUAAGAAGCAAAGCAUGGAUGUUUGAGACCAAGCCCAUGGAUGCAUUGGGAUCAGACAACAUAGCUUUAACUAAAUAUAGACACAAGUUCAAUACGUUGGACAAAGGAGAUGUCCGUGCUGCAGCCUGGUUGUUUGAAAACCAACCCAUGGAGACCCUGAACAAAAUGCAUGGCGAUGAAGAGCUAACCAAAGAGAUAGUGUUUACCCAGGAAGAUGGCAGCUCUACCAUACACAUGCUUGAAUCUCAGUACAUGGAAACGUUAGGUCACACUGAGACCAUUGAUGACAGUCACCUCCUGAGUCUGAGAUCAGUGCUCGAGGCAAUAAAGGGAGAAGUGAAGACGAUCACAAGCACAUUUGAGACUCAGUUCAUGUGCGUCCUCAUGGGACAGUCAGGCCAGAUGUUGGAGAUAACAUCUAUACGCAAAGUGGAGACUGAGAAGGGGGACACUAAAACAUCUACCUGGCUUUUUGAUACCCAAACCCUGGACAUGGCUAAUAAACCUGCUGCCCCAGUGAAACUUGUGUGUAGCCUGUCCAUGGAAGACAACUAUAAAGGAGAUGUCCACCGGAGUAGAUGGUUGUUUGAAACAAAGACCUUAGACUCCGUUAAUGAAGAUGAAUGGGAGAGCUCAACGCUGCAAAAGGAAGAGAUAAUUGGAGCCGAUGUGCGAAAACACCGCUUAGCGUUUGAAACUCAGCCAAUGGAUCCUCUGAAAGAUGACGCAAAUGCUAGACCCCCGACUAUCGCCCUGUCCAAGGCGGAAAUUGUCAGAGGCAAUGUCAGAUCAGCGAGACAUUACUUUGAAACCACUCCAGCGGACAAUAUAAAAGACCUUGCUGAGGUUGGAAAGCUACAAAAAAUGGUGAGACUCGAUGAAGAGAAGGGGGAUGUGAGACACCAGAAAUGGGUUUUCGAAAGUCAACCCCUGGAGCACAUUCAAGAGGAGAAGAAGGAAGUUAUUCGAACCAUUAACCUGGAGGAAAUAGAUCAAGUGGAUGUCUCAAACUACAAGCAAAUAUUUGAAACCACAGACUUAACCAGAUGGGAUGAAUCUCAAAAGAUACUCGUGGAGGGUGUAACAUGUGGCUCUGUGAAAUCUAACAAACAUCUGUUUGAGUCUACACCAAUGUACGCCAUGCAAGACAGCUCUGGCCAUUACCAUGAGGUAAAAACAGUGCGUCGGGAAGAGGUUGUCAAGGGAGAUGUAACAAGCUGCAAAUGGAUGUUUGAAACACGCCCCAUUGACCAGUUUGAUGAAAGCAUCACUAAUUAUCAAGUUAUUAAGGGAAUAUCCAAAGAAGAAGUUGAGUCUGGUGACGUUAAAACUGCCAAGUGGCUGUUUGAAACACAGCCUCUUGAUGCAAUUAAAUACUUCAGCAAUAUUGAAGACGAGGAAAGUAAAACUAAGGAAAGUGUUGAGAUUGUAAAAGGGGAUGUUAAAACCGGUAAGUGGUUAUUCGAGACUAAACUACUGAAUGUCCCAUAUGAGAAGGAGGAGUUGAAGAGUGAAAAUGAGAGUGAGGAGAUGCGCAAAGGAGAUGUAAAAAUAUGCACAUGGUUGUUUGAGACACAGCCACUUGACACUAUCCGAGAUGAAACAGAAACUGUUCUACAAACAUGCACUGUGAAUCAAGAAGAUGUCCAGGGUAAAGAUGUACGAAUGGCUCGUUUUUUAUUUGAGACGGAGAAUCUUGGGAACAUCACAGGGGAGGACGAGAGCUCUAAGAGGGUUACAGAGAUUGACAUUCAGUCAGGAGAUGUCAAUAGAAUGAAGUAUAUCUUUGAGAAUCAGUCCUCUGAUAUCAUGACCUCAACAUCUGAGGAGUUCAUGCAAAGGCUCAAAACUACACAAUCAACUACACAAUCAGAGGACAUCCAGAAAGGAAAUGUGGUGAACUGCAAAUGGCUCUUUGAGAACCAGUCCAUAGAUGCCAUACGUGAUAUCCAAGAAGAGACUCUGGACACCCGCACUGUGACUGAUGUACAAGGAGGUAAUGUGGACAAAGGUCGUUUUAUUUUUGAGACGUACUCCUUAGACAAAAUCCAGGAGGUUUCCUCAGAGAUUACAAAGUUGCAGAAAAUAACUUGUGAGGAGGAAGAGAAAGGGGAUGUGAGGAACUACACCAUGAUGUUUGAAACUCAGCCUCUUUAUGCCAUUCAAGACAAAGAGGGCCAUUAUCAUGAGGUCACCACUGUCACAAGUGAGGAGAUAUUGAAGGGUGAUGUGAUCGGGUCCCGGUGGUUGUUUGAAACCAAGCCUCUUGAUUCUAUCAGUGAUACAGAUGAGGUCUAUAUCAUCAAAUCUGUCACACAGGAGGAUGUUCAGAAAGGAGAUGUUACUUCAGCCAAGUGGAGAUUUGAAACACAGCCACUUGAUACGAUUGCAGAGGAUAUAAAAAUGUCAGUUAAAACCGUUGAAGAUAUUCAAGGAGGAGAUGUUAGCAUGAAUAAACAACGUUUUGAAUCUGAUGUGCUGUCACAGAAGUCUGUGCGAACGGUUAAUGUGAGUGAAAUCCAGAAAGGUGAUGUCAGGACAGCAAAAUGGAUGUUCGAAACUCAAACAAUGGAUAAAAUACGUAGCCAGAGCGAAGAGAAUUUAAUAGAAACGGUCAUGAAAGAGGAGGUGUUAAGGGGAGAUGUUAGACAAUCAGUGUGGCUCUUUGAACAGAAUCCCCUUGACCAUAUAAAGGAGAUAGAUGAGGAAGAUGCAGUAGUUAUUCAAGAGGAAAUCCCCAAAGCCGAUGUAAAGACAACAACAUGGCUGUUUGAAACAACUCCGUUCCAUGACUUUAAUGAGAACCGUGUUGAGAAGUCGGAAAUCCUGGGUAAAAGUAUCAAAGGAACCCUUGAAGAACUUUAUAGCCAGAAAAUCGUUCAUUCAAAAGGAGUACUCAUUGAAGCAGAUGAAAUUGGGGAUGUUAGAAUGGCAAAAUACCAGCUAAUGAAUAAGGAUUCUGCAGAGAUCCAAAGAGAGGAAAUCAUCAGCGGGGAUCUGAGCAACAUUAUGAUGAAUCUUUUGAACCGUCGGGGAAGAAUUGAGAGGGGGGUAGUGGUAGAGUCAGAAGAGAAGGGUAAUAUCAGUACAACAGUGCACCAACUGUUCAACCAAGAGAGGGGCAUCAGUGUGGAAAAGGAGGAAAUAUUAAGAGGUGACAUCCAGGAAGCUGUCAACAAUCUUCUCAAGGAGGGAGGAUCUGCUAAACGCGGUAUACUCCUUCAAGAGGAUGAGAAGGGAGACGUGCGAAUGACGAUAUAUUCUCUUCUAAAUAAAGAAGAGGACAUCAGUGUUGACAAAGAGGAUAUAGUCAAAGGCAAUAUAAGAAAUGCACUCCAAAGACUGUCCAACCCAGAAAGCCAAGAGCAGAUGAGGAUAAAGGUGGACGAGAACGAAAAGGGAAACGUGAACUUUUACUCCACAUGCAUUGAAUCUGGGGCGCUUGACUAUCUCAAACAACUCCAGGUAGAGCCAGAUGAGACUCUACCUGAAAAGGUAGAGAAAGAGGAAAUUAUUAGAGGAGAUAUAAAGGGGACAAAACUCAUUCUUGACAGUAAUCGAGCACAAAUUGAACGUACAGUAGAUGAAGAGGACAUAGUGUGCGGAGAUGUUCACAACUCAGUCAAGGUUUUCAUGACUGAACCCACACACUCACUGGAUGGCCUACAGAAAGAGGAAAUAGUGAGGGGCGAUUUGAAAGCCGCUAUGAACUCGCUGUCUCAGUUUGUAAAUCAGACAGUGGUUGUAGAGAAAGAAGAGGUGGUAAGAGGUAACAUACACAAAGCCCGAAGGCACCUUGAGUUGGCUCAAACACGGCCCAAGGAGGUGGAAAAGCCAGAGAUUGUCCGCGGCAACAUCAAAGGGGCACUGAGGUCCCUAGAGAAAUCUGCAACCUCCAAAGUUGAAGUUGUCAUCGAAGAUUUAGUACCUGGAGACAUCAAAAGUACCUUAAAAUCCCUGGAGCAGGCAAAGCAAACAGUCAGGGCUAUCAAGAAGGAAGAGAUUGUAAAGGGUAACAUUCAUACAGCCAAGCAAUGUUUACAAGAGGCUUCUAAUGACAGGAGGACAUAUCAACAGGAAAUGUAUGUUCAGGGAAACGUGAGAGGCACUAUUGAGCUCUUAUUGGAACCACCAGCUUCUCCAAGAAUGACACGGAGACCCAGCUUCGAGGGUGAUGUGAAAAUGUCCAUUAAAUCACUCUACGAGACACAUGAGGUGCAAGAGGCAAGGGAGGAACAAACUCAACCAGAGAAAGAGGAGGUGAUAAAGGGUGACGUUAAAGGCACAAUUAAAUCCUUGCUGGAAUCAGCCCAGCGUGCAGCUCCUAAAAUCAGAGUGGGAGCUAGAAGGGUCAAAGUUCCUGCGAGCUCUCCAUUGCGCUCACAGCAAGGAAGCCCUCUAUUACGUUCACAGCAAGGUAGCCAUGAAUGUUCUGUUGUAAACAAAACUGAGACACUUAAAAAUAGGUCUCAAAGCAUUGAAGCACAAAGAAACCUACGUGGAAAAAAUAUGGCUAAUUCAGUCAAAACAGAGAGCUCAACACCAGAGAAUCAAUCCCUCUCAACUCAAAACACAAUCAAUACAUCUGAAUCACAGACUACUCAACAAUCAACGGAAGUAAUACAACACACAACCAUCACUCAAAACCAUGGUAUUAAAACAUUGGAGACUAAGUUCUGUAACCUCAAUUCAAGUAGAAAGGGUUUGAUCAGACUAGAUAAAACCAAAGUGAAAACAAAUGUUCUUACCCCAACACGGACAUUGUCUGAGUCUGAACUUUCUCUCCCUCCCCCACCUCCAUGUGAUGAUCAAUCAUCCCUAACCCCAGCCUCCUCUAUCAAUAGGCUGGACUUGGACCUUCCUCCUCCCCCAACUCCUCCUCCCCCACCACCUGUUGAGACUGAUAAUUUCCCUCCCUCACCAACACAGGAUUUCCUUCCACCCCCACCCUCACAGUAUGAACUGGACUCUAUGUCAUCCCAGACACCUCAUCAAUCACUAGCUAAAGCCACAAAAGUUACCGUCAAAAAGGUGAAAGGUCCUGUAUUGCACCAAGUGUCAAAACUUGAGCCAACCAGUCAGAUUCAGAAAAUUCAACACGCAACCUCAGAGAAAUAUUCAACCAUAGCCAACAAAUCUGUGAUGGAAAUCAGCAAAACUCAAAUUGAAUCAACAUCAUUUUCAUCAACAAAAGUUUCAUCUGAAAUCCCAAAACCACCAGAAUCACCACGACCAUUAAAGAAAGUUUAUGUUGCCCCUAUGAGAUUUACACAUCCACCCUCUCCCCCUCCCUUCCUGAAAUCCACUCAAUUCAAAACUCCAUUAAUAAAGGCAGAGAAAAAGUACAGAAAACAGAAAGUGGGUAGUACAUCGCCUGCUACACUGAGUCCCAUUUUCAUGCAUGAGCCAGUAACUGCUGCCCUUGAAAUGCUCUCCUCUGAGGAGACCAGAAUGGAGCAAUCAAACAAGAGCAUGAUGUUUGGUUUCACUCAAGAGAAUGCUGAAAAGACUGUGACCAAUGUCAAGUCAGACACACUGUCAUCUGAUUUUUCCAAGCACGCCCAAAUCUCAGAAACUCCUUCAAGCAUGAAUUUGAUCUCUGCUGGGAAUGGGCAAAAUCUCUCUGAAUCUGCUGUUAAUUCUGCAACUAAACACCAUAUUGUCUCUAAUGAAACAUCCAAAGUCUCCUCCAUUCAGCACCAGACAUCUAUUUCCUCCACAAAGCAACAGACAGUUACUGCAGCUAAACAACAGGUAUUGUCAGCAUACACAGAGCAGUCACACUUUGCUGUAAGUAGCUCUCAAGUCCAGAUCUCGACCAGUGAUGAUAAAAAGGUUGACAAUGUGAAUGAAAAUGUCAAAAACCUCAAAACCACCUCUCACAUCCAGAUCUCGACCAGUGAUGAUAAAAAGGUUGAAAAUACAAAAAAAUAUAUCAGGAAAGAUGUCAAAAACCUCAAAACUACCCCUCAAGUCCAGAUCUCGACCAGUGACGAUAAAAAUGUUGAAAAUGUGAAUGAAGAUGUCAGAAAAGAUGUCAAAAACCUCAAAACCACCUCUCAAGUCCAGAUCUCCACCAGUGACGAUAAAAAGGUUGAAAAUGUGAAAAAAGAUGUCAAAAACCUCAAAACCACCUCUCAAGUCCAGAUCUCCACCAGUGACGAUAAAAAGGUUGAAAAUGUGAAAAAAGAUGUCAAAAACCUCAAAACCACCUCUCAAGUCCCGAUCUCGACAAGUGGCGAUAAAAAGGUUGAUACUCUGAAUAAAGAUGUCAGAAAAGAUGUCAAAAACCUCAAAACCACCUCUCAAGUCCCGAUCUCGACAAGUGGCGAUAAAAAGGUUGAUACUCUGAAUAAAGAUGUCAGGAAAGAUGUCAAAAACCUCAAAAUCACCUCUCAAGUCCAGAUCUCGACCAGUGAUGCUAAAAAGGUUGAAGAUACAAAACCAGAUGCCAAAAAAGAUGUCAGAAAUCUAAAAACUAAAAAUUCCCAUAAAUCUGAGGACAAGAAGAACAAGGAUAAUUCUGCAUCCCAAGGACCCGAAAAGGUUUCUGACCAGCCUACCAAAACAGAAAAGGUAACCCAAGAAACAAUUGUCAAAGCAGUCAGAUCACCCUUGGAAGACAAAAAUAAAUAUGAUAUUUAUGUAUCACAAGCACCUGAGAAGGUUCCUAGUCAGUCAAUUAAAAAGGUAACCUCAGAAACUAAUGUCAAAACAGGCAAAAAGAAGGCCAAAGGGCAAGAAAAGAAAGUAGAAGUAAAAGACAUGAAACAGCCAGAUGAAGCUAAGGAAAUCAUUUCACAGGUGAAGGAUGUCACUAAGGGAAAGGUUUCUAGUGAGCAAAUGCAUCAUGAGACUGAGGACAAAGUCAAGGUCAAAGAGGACAGUCAGAAAGCUCUUGCUGUUAAUGACAACCAACCAGCAACUCCAACUCCCGCAAGAAAGAAGAAGAAGAAGAAGAAGAAGAGGUCAAAAUCCAAAGAUGCGGCUGCCUCUGCAGAAUCAACUAAAUCUGUUUCUGAAAGUUCCACUCAAAGUCAGGAGAUCACUGCAGUGCAGACGCACAAAGCCCAUCAAGAGGAGCACAUUCAGGUACAUAAGGAAGUGAUUAUCACUGAAAGCAAAGAUGAAAGCAAAGUUCACCAACGCAUCCAGGAACAAGGAACAGUGAAAGUCGAAAAACAGGUCAAGGCAUCGCAAAAGAAGAAAGAGUUGACCUCAAACCAGCAGAUUCAAGACAAACCAAAGGAGGAAUACAGAAAUAUUCCAGUGAAAGUGGAAAGUGGAAAAAUGACAAGCCAGUCAUCACAAAAGGAUCCUGCAAAGCCCUCAACAGGGAGCACUGAGGAUUGUUUAGAGGGAACCCACACUACUCUGGAGAAGCAUGAGAGUAAACCUACUUCUGAAAAGAUCAUUGUUGGUGGGGAAACUCAAAAAAUACAAAAGAUAAGUAUUGGCUCUUCAAAAGUGGAAAGUAAAAGGACAUCACGUGAAAGCAAAAAGCAAGAGUGGAGUGUAAAAUCUAUUGAUCGUAGCGCACCCUCACCCUUACUACGGACGCGCUCACCCUCACCCACCUUUAUUACCAUUGAAUCUACCCAGAGAAUGGCCUCACCUCGGAGAAUAACCCCGUCACCUAUCCCAAUGCUCAGACCAGCCACUCCCCCAACGCCUCCCCCUCGCAAAUUGGAACCUCCUACAUCACACAUCAAUAGGGCCACACCCUCUCCCACCUUUUCUAGAGCAGAGAACUUGGCGUGGAUAAAAUAUACUACAGCCCAGCUUUCUUGUGGAGUGACGCCACCUCCGGUUCCAAUUCCUAUGCAGGUCACAGAAAAUAAAUCUGACAUUGUGGAAUACCCCGCAUCAUUCUAUCGGCAGAUCAAAAUUGAGGAACAAACUGAGGAAACUUCUGAAAUGCUAGCGAAGACAAUUGUCACUGCCAAAAAACGUCCCAAAAAAGUAUAUGAAGAGGUUCAAAAGGCUGCUGUGAAGGUCACAGGUGGAAGGUCAUUCCUUCAAAUGGAUAAGGAAGACAUGGACGCUUCAGAAAUGUCAGACUCAUCAAUGGUGACUACAUCAGUGAGAGACAAGAGGGAGUUUUUUGAAGAAGCACAAAAAGCUAAAGUAAAUAAGACUUAUGUGCGAAGGGAUCCCAUUGUCAUACCAGAGCGCUUGGGCCCAGACAUGGAGAUACUCGAACCAGAAAACCUAGACAGUAGGGAUGAAACACAAAGGACAUCUGAGAAGAUCGCAGAGAACAGCACUGAAGUAGUGGGAUCUACAGAGUCAACCAAAAAAUAAUUGAUGGAAGCUUCAGAAAUGUCAGAGUCGUCAAUAGUGACUACAUCAGUGAGAGACAAGAGAGAGUUUUUUGAAGAGGCACAAAAAGCUGAAAUAAAUAAGACCUAUGUACGAAAAUACCCUAUUAAUGUCCUAGAGCACUUAGGUUCAACCAUUAUAGAGCCUGAAACAGAAAACCAAGAGAGGAAGGAAGAUGUACAAAACACAACUGAGAAAAUCACAGAGAAAAUCUCUGAAGAAGUGGGAUUUAUGUGGGAUGACCAGUGGGUGUCAGCUGCCAUAGAGGCUAUGGAAACUUCUGAAUUGUCAGACUCAUCAUCAGUGAGAGACAAGAGAGAAUUUUUUGAAGAGACUCAUAAAGCUGAAAUAAAUAAGACCUAUGUACGAAAAUACCCUAUUAAUGUCCUAGAGCACUUAGGUCCAACCAUUAUAGAGCCUGAAACAGAAAACCAAGAGAGGAAGGAAGACGUACAAAAAGCAACUGAGAAAAUCACAGAAAAAAUCUCUGAAGAAAUGGGAUUUAUAUGGGAUGACCAAUGGGAGUCAGCUGCCAUAGAGGCUAUGGAAACUUCUGAAUUGUCAGACUCAUCAGCAGUGACAUCAGUGAGAGACAAGAGAGAGUUUUUUGAAGAGACUCAUAAAGCUAAAGUAAAUAAGACUUAUGUGCGAAAGGAUCCCAUUGACAUACCAGAGCGUUUGGGCCCAGACAUGGAGAUACUCGAACCAGAAAACCAAGACAGCAGGGAUGAAACACAAAGGACAUCUGAGAAGAUCGCAGAGAACAGCACUGAAGUAGUGGGAUCUACAGUGUCAACCGAAAAAGAAUUGAUGGAAGCUUCAGAAAUGUCAGAGUCGUCAAUAGUGACGACAUCAGUGAGAGACAAGAGAGAGUUUUUUGAAGAGACUCAUAAAGCUAAAGUAAAUAAGACUUAUGUGCGAAAGGAUCCCAUUGACAUACCAGAGCGCUUGGGCCCAGACAUGGAGGAGCCCAAAACAACAAACCAAGACAGUAGGGAUGAAACACAAAGCACAUCUGAGAAAAUCGCAGAGAACAGCACUGAAGUAGUGGGAUCUACAGAGUCAACCGAAAAAGAAUUGAUGGAAGCUUCAGGAAUGUCAGAGUCGUCAAUAGUGACUACAUCAGUGAGAGACAAGAGAGAGUUUUUUGAAGAGACUCAUAAAGCUAAAGUAAAUAAGACCUAUGUACGAAGGGAUCCCAUUGACAUACCAGAGCGCUUGGUCCCAGACAUGGAGAUGCUCGAACCAGAAAACCAAGAGAAGGAGAACCUUCCAAAGGUGGACUUGUCUGGAUUAGUCAACAAAUUUGAAACACCAGAAGAGAAAGUUUAUGUCAGAAAGCCUAUAGCAAUGAGAGAAAGACGUGGGAGUGAGACAGAAUACACAAAGUCUGACAUAGAAGAUACAGAAACUCAAGAGGAGGAAAUGUUUACUUUGGACAUCAAGGCUAUUAAAAAUGUUUUUGAAAUGAGUGAGCAAAGUCCAUCUUUCAAAGACGAGAAAAAUCAACCGGAUGAGCUGGAUUCAAACCUGAGUGAAAACACAACAGAGAGUUCAAAGAAGGUGAACACCCAGGAGACACAGAGGGGCUCCGGGCAGAUUUUGUCCCUGCCUUCCCAGAAAGAAGUGCAACAAAUGUCAGCAGACCCAACAGACUCUGAAACCAAGUUAGUCACAGAGCAUUUUGUGAACUUAGAUGAAUUAGGCAACAAGACGAUUGAAUCACUGAGCAGCACAAUGGUUUCCCAGCACUCAAAGAGCGUAACAACCGACCAUCCCCCCCUUCUCAUAUGCUGACGUGGUAAAAAAAAAAGUUUCUCAGGUGACGCCAUCUGAAACCCCAGAUGAGGCUUCCACUGAAGAGUUGCUGAGGAAUUUCCACGAAACAUGGACGGAGAGUGAGAGUUUUUUCAAGAGUCUCGGCUACAGUGUCUCAGAGGAGAGAACAUCACAUGUUGUAUCACAUCAAACGAAGACUAUUGUUACCGACUCGAGUUCUCAAGUCGGAGCUUUGCACUGUGUGUCGGAGGAGGGUCUAUCCGAUGGAGUCUCUAAUAGCGGACAGAAAAAAAUUCCAUAAAUCUUGUUUCUGCUGCGAGUACUGCAGAAAUAAAUUAAG